GGCGCUUUAAUCCGCAGAGCUAACGGCCGGACCUGCCGUCCAGUUUUUUAGAAGGAAAAACCGAGAUACAAGGAAGGAGUGGGACCCAGAAUUCUUAUUUUCAGCCCAAGCCCCCUCCUUCGGCAGCAUCAGUGCACUCCGGGUGUGAGGCAAACGGGCCUCCCGCACUGCUGAGUAUUGAGCGGGUUGUGUUUCAAGCCGUUGCGUUGCGUGGAAAGAUUUCUAAAAACCAGAAGUUUUAUUCUCCGGUGUCAUAUAGAAAUAGCGUCUAGAGAAGCAUUUAAUUCUCCACACAGCGAGCACUGUAUUAGACACUGGGAAUACGUGCCAGAGAAGUUUUGAAAAAGAAAUAAUGCAGCCUCGCUUGGGGAUGGUAAAGACUUCUCAAUAACAUAGGAUGCUCUCCACGUCCUUGAUUAUGGAGUACUUGGCUCAUCCUGGCACACUCAGCUUGGCUGCUGGAGUUGCUUGUGGUGUGUGCCUGGGGUGGAGCCUCCGGGUUCGAUUUGGGAUGGUCCCUAAAAACUUGACCACUGAGACAAACACAGACACCGGAACUGAAGCAAACAUCUUGGGAGAGAGUGGGGAGUACAAAAUGGUUCUUGUGGUCCGAAAUGACUUAAAGAUGGGAAAAGGAAAAGUCGCUGCCCAGUGUUCUCAUGCUGCCGUUUCUGCCUACAAGCAAAUUCAAAAGAGAAAUCCUAAAGUGCUCAAGGAGUGGGACUAUUGUGGCCAGCCCAAAGUGGUGGUCAAAGCCCCUGAUGAAGAAACCCUGAUUGAAUUAAUGACCCAUGCAAAAAUGCUAGGACUGACUGUAAGCUUAAUCCAAGAUGCUGGACGUACUCAGAUUGAACCAGGUUCUCAAACUGUUCUAGGCAUUGGGCCAGGACCAACAGAUCUAAUUGACAAAGUUACUGGUCACCUAAAACUUUACUAGGUGGGCUUUUGUAUGACCAUGAUCCUAUCAUAGGUGUUUGAAGCCUGUCAGAUUCUAACAAUAAAAGUUCAAUUUCUCCUCAAUUUAACUGUUCUUGAGAUGAAAAUAAAAUCCAUUCCUAUGUUGUCAUAUGCGUCCAGCUUAAAUAUGUAAGUGCUGGUUGAGUGGUCUUGGUGAUUCAAAUGGGCGCUAAAAAAAAAUGCUGGAAAGGGAUCAUGAUCAAGUGAAAUUAAAAAGGAUAACAAAUUUCCCUUUGCA